AAGUGCUGAUAGGAUCACCUCCCCAUGACGACUAGGACCACUUCCGCUCUCCAAAGCCGCUUCGGCAUCAUGAAUCCAUUCCUGUCGCGCCACCCUCUUUAGAUCCUUUCGGCACUUCGACAAUGCCUCAUAGCCGACUGUCGCAUCCCCGAGUCAAGCAAUGCCUCGCUUCUAGUCACCACCCUAUAUGUAGUAUGAUGCUUUCAAUAAAUGGCUGUCUUCUCAUCUUCGUAGUCCUCCUCGCUCCUUCCGUCAUUCCUCUACUCUCGGCUCAUCUUGUGAAUUCACUCAAGCUAGAGCGAUUACUCAGAUUCCAUUUUCCUUAAUCGUCAUGUCAGCUAUCCCGAACCUUCCUGAAGUUAUGCCCGCAAUUGAUGGUAACGUCGACGGCAUAGCGGGUACUCCUAACUUCCCCUUUAAGCUGCACGACACACCCAUCGAGAACUUUCGCCCUAUAAAAAUCAUUGUCAUCGGCGCUGGCUACUCGGGCAUUUAUUGCGGUAUUCGAAUACCCGAGAAGAUCAGGAACGUGGAGCUCGUCAUCUACGAGAAGAAUGAAGGAGUGGGCGGGACGUGGUGGGAGAAUAGAUACUUAGGCUGUGCCUGUGAUGUGCCUUCACACUCAUACCAAUUCUCCUUUGAACCAAAUCGGAACUGGUCGUCCCUCUAUGCUCCCUCGGCAGAAAUACAGACGUACCUCGAGGGCGUCGCGAAGAAGUACUCUGCAGAUCGGUUUAUCAAGCUGAGCCAUGAGAUCACGGAAUGUAGGUGGGAUCAGCAGAGUACGAAAUGGCAGGUUACGGUAAAGAAUUUGAAAACGGGCGAGGUCAUUCAUGACACAAGCGAUGUGUUGAUAAGUGCGAGGGGGAACUUAAACAACCCUUCCUGGCCCGAGAUCGAGGGGUUCAAGAGUUUCAAAGGGGAAGUUAUGCACUCUGCUAGAUGGAAUGAGAGCUACGAUUUCACAAACAAACGCAUCGCAGUGAUUGGCUCUGGUUCCUCCGCUAUCCAAAUCGUUCCCUCGUUACAGCGCCUCCCAGGAACCCACAUCUCCACUUUCGUCCGCAGCAAGACUUGGAUCUCCCCAUCUUUCGGUCAGCAAAUUUGGGAUAAAUACGGCUUUGAGGGUUUCUCAAUAUCCCCGGAGAUCCGAGACAAAUUCCACUCGAAUCCAGAAUACUUCCAAAAAUUCCGGCUCGCGGUCGAGGAAGACAGCAAUAGAAUACAUGGAUACACAAUCAAAGGGACGCCUCUUCACAUCGGUGCAAAGCAGAUGUUUGAAGAGCAUAUGAAGAAGAGAUUAGGAACCCAUCCUCAUAUCUUCGAAGCCCUUCUCCCAUCCUUCUCCCCGGGGUGUAGAAGACUGACCCCCGGACCAGGAUACCUCGAAGCGCUAACUCAACCAAACGUCGACUUCAUCACAUCUCCAAUAUCCCAUAUCUCCGAACACGCGAUCCACACUAAAGAUGGGCAAACUCACAAAGUCGACACGCUCGUCUGCGCGACAGGCUUCCAGUCCAGCCGCCCGCCGCCCUUCGAACUUAUCGGCGCAAACAACCUCUCAAUUAGAAAGAAAUGGGAAAAGCGCGCAACAACAUACCUGUCGCACUCAAUCUCUUCAUUCCCAAACCUUUUCACCAUGCUUGGUCCCAAUGCCGCCAUUGGCUCUGGCUCGCUGACUAUAAUGAUCGAAUCUGUGGGUGACUACAUAGUGAAAUCGAUCCGCAAGAUUCAGAAAGAGAAUAUUGCCUCCAUGGUUGUAAAGGCGGAGCGAGAAGAAGAUUUUACCGAAUACGUGGAUACGUAUUUCGAGGGCACGGUUUUCACCGAGGAGUGCAGGAGUUGGUAUCGGAAUGGCGGGACGGGGGAAGUCGUCGGGUUAUGGCCUGGAAGCACGUUGCAUUGCAUGGAGUGUAUGCGGAGUCCCAGGUGGGAGGACUUUGAUUACACUUACCUACAGGACUCCGACAUGGGAGCAGAUUCCUCGGUGGAAGAAGAUGGACAGGUUAAGAAUCGACGGAAGAAGAAAACCAAUAGGUUGGCAUGGCUGGGCAAUGGUUGGAGUAUUAAUCAACUGGAAGAGAAGCAUCUUGCCUGGUAUUUGUAUCCUGAGUUUCAGGAUAGUCCAGUUUCUCCGCUGCCAGAGGAGAAGGAAAGCUUGAAGAUUAGACCAUUUUCGAAUUGA